CAUUUAACAGAAUUAGCUUACAAUCACUUUACCGUGAUUCAUGUUGCAAAUUGUAACCACCUUUAGCUAACUUUUCUUCUUCUCUGUCUCUGUAGAUCCCGCUCUGGAUGACUUUUUGCUUAUGCACUGUGUUUUUGUCCCAAACAGUCAGCUGUGUCCUCUGCUCAUGGCCCACUAUCACGCUCAGCCGUCUCAGGGCAGUGAACAGGAGCGGAUGGAUUACUCUCUCAAUAACAAGCGCAGGGUGAUUCGUCUGGUCUUACAGUGGGCCGCCAUCAACACAGAGCACCUGCAGGAGGAGGACAGCUCUUUCAACUUCCUCCAGGAGUUUUAUGAGACAGUGUGUGAAGAUUCCAGACUCAUUCCAGCUCUGAAAGACCAGCUGCCCGAACUAGAGAAGAUCAUCACGCAGAA